UGACGUAACUUGUCCCAUACAUGCACUUUACUUUAACCAAUUUUCAAUAGUUACAUCACUUAUAUAAUAAUACUAUGUGAACCACAACUUUAUUUUUAUCAAAAAAGAGAGAAUAAUUAUUAAAUUUGUUUGAAGUAGUGAGAAAUUCAAGAAUUGAAGUUAUGGAGAAAUCACCAGAAGAAAUGCACCCUGUUAAGGCUUUUGGUUGGGCAGCUAGAGACAAUUCUGGGAUACUUUCCCCCUUUAAAUUUUCUAGAAGGGCAACUGGUGAUAAGGAUGUGAAAUUGAAGAUACUCUAUUGUGGUAUCUGUCAUAGUGAUCUUCAUCAGUUGAAGAAUGAAUGGGGAUUUGCUACAUAUCCUUUGGUCCCUGGACAUGAGAUUGUGGGUGAAGUAACUGAGGUUGGUAGCAAGGUGGAGAAAUUCAAAGUUGGAGAGAAAGCUGGUGUGGGGUGCCUAGUUGGAUCAUGUCGUUCUUGUGAAAACUGCAGCAACGAUACUGAGAACUAUUGUUCCAAAGCAAUAGGCACCUAUAGUGCAAAGUACACCGAUGGAACACCAACAUACGGAGGCUACUCAGACAUAAUAGUUGUUGAUGAACAUUUCGUUGUUCGUGUCCCAGAAAACAUGCCCCUAGAUUCUGCAGCGCCGCUCCUUUGUGCUGGAAUUACAACUUAUAGUCCGUUGAGGUACUUUGGAUUAGAUAAACCGGGCCUUCACAUUGGUGUUGUAGGUCUUGGUGGACUUGGUCAUGUUGGUGUCAAGUUCGCCAAGGCUUUAGGUCUAAAGGUGACGGUUAUUAGUACAUCUCAAAGUAAACAGAAGGAAGCCAUUGAACGUCUUGGUGCUGAUUCGUUUUUGAUUAGCACUGAUCCGGAUCAGCUACAGGCUGCUAUGGGCACAAUGGACGGCAUUCUUGAUACAGUCUCUGCUAAUCACCCCGUCCUACCACUGAUCGGUCUAUUGAAGACUAAUGGUAAAUUUAUCGUGCUUGGUGCAGCUGAAAAACCACUCGAGCUACCUGUCUUUCCAUUGGUUAUGGGGAGGAAGAUUGUGGCUGGAAGUGGGAUAGGAGGGAUGAAGGAAACGCAAGAGAUGAUUGAUUUUGCUGCAAAGCACAAUAUAACAGCAGAUAUUGAAGUCAUUCCAAUGGAUUAUGUAAAUACUGCAAUGGAGCGUCUCGCCAAAGCUGAUGUCAAAUAUCGUUUUGUCAUUGACAUUGCUAAGACUCUCAAAGCAGACGAGUAGACAACUAAGAGUUCUUCAUGUCAUUCUAGUAUUUCAUGAUGUUUUUGGCAUCAGACGAUUAUUUUGAUUUCUCCUCGGGGAACAUUACUUAAGAAAAUGCAUACAGUAAUCGAAGUCUUUUGCUUGCUUUUA